AUGUGUACCAUUUAUCAAUCGUUAGUUGAUUCAGUGGGGGUGUACCGUAAGUCCAAGAUAUCAUUUCUUCUAAUCAAUCCUUUUAAAAGAACAAACAAGAUAAUCCACGCACCCAGCUUUGAAACUUAUAUGUUUAGUUAUUAUAACCAUGUAUUGCUUGCUUUUAGCAAAUGCUCUGAGGAAUUUGUUUUUGUGAUUUUAUGCACACAAUCCAAAUGCUUGCAUGUCUAUCAAUCUCGAAACUGUGGUUGCGUUACUUUUUCUUCGAAGAUGGGAAAUCAAGAGCGGGUUGUUCACUUUGUGGUUUUGCAUAAUAUAAUAUACGUUGUCACUAACAAGGCCAACAUAGGAGUACUCAGUUUGAAUUAUCCAACUAUUAAAUUUCUAAAACUGAAGGGCACUCCCGAUGUAACUAACAUAAGGUUUAAGUUGGUUAAUUGUGAUGAGCAACUUUUAGUUGUUGAUUCAACGUACGGUCAAAUAAGGAAUGUAUACAAGAUAGACUUCUCCGCUAUAAAUUAUGUCAAACUGGAAACUUUGGGAGACAUUGCAUUAUUUUGUAACGUGUGUGAUUGGAAGACAGAUUGUUAUGCAUUGAGCAAUCCAAACAGGUGGGGAUAUGAGAGCAACUCUGUGUAUGUCACCACUGAAUCAACCACAACGUGUAAAGUUUAUUCAGCGGAUGAUAACAAAUUGCAAAAAUGCAUCACGCUUCCAACUCCUGGGGGUGAAUCAAAUCACUACGUGUACGAUUGGUGUUUUAAACAUCUACGACACGAAAUAGAUUAUUCUCUGGUUGAAUGA